AUGAAGUCCUUUAGUUUAAAUAUUUUUCUGCUUGUUGCACUAAUAUUAUUGUUAGAUAAACAUCAAAAUGAAAAGCAUUCAUUUGGUGUUCUAGCCGAUCCAGAGCCUUACCGUUCGCCGGAUGUAAUUGCCGCUGAAGCUAGAGCACGUGCCCGUGCUAUUGAAGCUGAAAAUAGGGCUCGUCGGGCUCGUUUGGAGGCUGAAGCAAGAGCACGCAGACUUGAAGCUGAAGCUAGAGCAAGAAGAAUUGAAGCAGAAGCUAGAGCUGCUGCGGCUAGGCAAUUUAUUCUUUUUUAUUUUUAA